CAUAUAUUUUCUUAACCAUGGCUCUAGCUAGAGUCUUCUGUCGCCCACUCUGGACCUGCAAGUCUUGUCGAACGAGUUGCGUGAGGGCCUUUGCAACCACAAACACCAAUGAAUUGCCUCGUCGCCCGCGAAGAUGGCAAGAUCUAGCUCCGUACAAGGCAGACACGGAGAGAUCCUAUGAUCCUACCUCAGUUGCCGAACUAUCUAAUUUUGAAGAAGAUGCCUUCGACAAAAGGUCCGAGUCUAGUCAAGCCCCGACAAAGAGCGCAAGAACGAGCGGAGAGACCGAUUUGUUGAGGGCGAAUGUGAGCAAACCCUUCCGAACCGAUGGAAUCUCGAAUCUAUCAAACAAGACUCCUCCACAACAACUGAGUAUACCGCCGGAAUUUGUGGAUGAAACGGAGUCGAAUAAUGCUUUUGAGCAUCAGCGGCAUCAGCCUUCUAUCGAUUUCCAAGAGCAACAGAACGCAACUCAAGACGAUCCCGUCGAGAAGCCUAUGUCAGACCUGCCGUGGUAUCUUCAACCUCAACAUCAGAGGCCAAUCUCCACAGAACCCAGUGGGUCAAUGGCAGAUCGGCAAAAGGUACCCGACCUACCAAUUCAUGCUCCGCCGCAGCUUGAGCCAAUACUCCAGAACUUGUCCGUCGAGAUAGGUCUUGAUUUCCUGAAAAUACUAGACCUUCGUGAACUCGAUCCGCCGCCAGCGUUAGGCAGAAAUUUGAUAAUGGUUAUUGGCACGGUCAGAAGUGAGAAGCACCUCACAGUAGCCGCGACUCGCUUCUGUGCCUGGUUGAGGAGGGAGUACAACAUGACACCCUCUGCAGAUGGACUAUUGGGUCGAAACGAGCUCAAGAUCAAGCAGAAGAGGAAGGCAAAGAAAGCAAGAGCUUUUGCAAAUGCAGGAGCGUUGGCUAGUUCAAUCGAAGACCUGGAUGACGGAAUUAGCACAGGCUGGAUCUGUGUCCAUUCGGGGUUCCUGGAGCCGCAUCCUGAUGCCCCUUUAAAGGAGGUUAAACGGGUUAAUGGCAUGAUUGGCUUUGGAGAAGAAAAUAAUAAAGUCACCCUUGUGGUGCAAAUGUUCACCGAGGAGAGGAGAGCGCAGAUCGACCUUGAAGGCCUGUGGGAAGGCGUUCUGGAACGCAAUCUACGUAAACGGCAACAGUCUACUACAGCCACCGUUGAAAGUGACGUGGACAGUGAAAAAUUGAAAGAGAAUGAAGACGAAGACGAAGCCUUGACCUUGCAAGAGUUGGAAGCAAGGAAGAAAUUCAAGCUAGGAGAUAAGACAGUUCUUGACAAUAUCAAUCUCGAGUCACAGGAGGCUGUUCGCUCUGCCCCGCAGGCUGCCUGAACAAUUGUUCUAUUCUAACAUGCCGAAUAAUGGGCGACUUAUGUACAAACAAAUCGAUUACAGACGAGCCUUUUCCAGCUCUUCAACAGCUGGAGACGAUGCCACUCCUAUUCUGUCUCGAACCCAGGACUCAAUACUUCGAACAAGGCGGUCAACCUCAUCCACAGUGUUACCUGCGUGUAAGCAUACCCUUACCCGCCGUGUCGGCACAGUGGGUGGGACAACCGCUCUUACAACAAAGCCUGCGUUUUGACAAUGCGCUGCAAGCGAACGUGGAUGUUUUGUCAGCAGGGCGAAUAUUGGUGACUGUGGACGUAAUGGUGACACGUGUAAAGUGUCGUUGAUAGACUCGUAGGGCCGAGUGUAGCGGAUCAACAUUCUCAACAAUUGUGUGUGAAGAUGGGAUGUCAACAUCUGCAAAUGCGAGACAAGCUUUGAUGCUUUUGUCAGCUGAAAUCAGUAAAGACACUGUCAAAUAGGAAACGUACAGGCUCUGUCACGCCGGAUUGAAGGAGAGAGUAGGAUGCUUUGAUAGCUGCAAGGUUGAUGAAGGGCAUGGAUGUUGUAAAUAUCAAUGGCCUGGCGUAAUUGAUCAAAUAUGAUCGCACAAUAGGCGAGCAUAGAAGGAUAGCUGUUGUAACUUCGUCAGCCAAUGCUUUGGAAAAAUCUCAACUCUGCUGUCAA